AUGAAAGCGGACACAAAUGGGCUCCCAUUAAGGUCAACUGAAGUAAGGGUGAAGUUUUGUAUGUUACACUUAUUGAAACAGUCCAAAUGUCGUUUCGAGCUUAUAAAAUCAAUAAAAAUUUUAGUCUUGCGAUGUUUUAUCGAAUUCUCGCAAGAUAUUAAACAAAAUGCGUUGAGCAAAAGCACAAAUUUUCAAUGAAACUGUUGUAACUACAAUAUCUUACUUCUUCUAUAUUAAACAGCUCACGGAACUCAUUGAUUUGAGCACGGUACAAGUUUAAAAUUUCAUAAAACAGUUUUACUGAUUAAGCCAAUCUUUCGGAUAAGAAGACCGAAACAAUUAAUAUAAUUUUAACUUUAUUUUUUGCGUUGUACUUUACAAAAUAGUAUUCAAAAAUUGGCCAAGUUUCACUCUUUUUAAUUUCAAUGUGGGUCAAGUCGGGCCUUCGAUGUAAAAUUUCUAAAAAUCAGGAAAACCGAGAAAACAGAAAGAUAAUUUUUGAAAAGGAGUUUGUUCAGGGACCCUCUACUGCCGAUCUCCGGCAGAAUAUGGCUCAUCUGACGUUGCUGGAAAAACAGAAGACAUUCACUCCCACUUACAUGCAGGAAAAAGACGCGGUUAUUCAGGUAACACUUCUUUUUCUUUCCCCGGUCGAUUUGCCACAUUUUUUCUGCUGAAAUUGGGGUAUAAUAUGUUUUACUCCUGAAAAACUAUACGGGAAUAAGAUAUUAUUUUAGUUUGAAGGUAUAAGGGGCAAAAGAUAAUUUAAUUAGAGAGAUUUUAUUUACAACCAAGUGUAGAUGGGGUACAAUUAUUUGUAAAUGAUAUAAAACCUAGCCUUAAUGAAGUAUAACUCAAUUUAUAUGAUAAUAAGCGAGUUAUAUUGAAAUUGGUUCUAAUAUUAUACUUUUCAGCAGUUUUCUGGUUGGUUAGAGCAUGAACAAACAGAUUUUAUAAAGACAGUCCUCCAGAAAAUGUGUCAUCAUCAACACGGUCAGAUCGAUCAGUUUCUUCAACCGAUGUUGAAAAGGGACUUUAUUAGUCUUCUGCCAGGUAAGAGGUUUUUUAUUUUGUUUUUGAUUUAGGUAAUCUGAAAGAGAGGUUUUUAUGGCUUUUAUGAUUAAUAUGGUCCUAUAAAUGUCGAAAAAGUGAAUCUCACAAUUAGACGAGAGAAAGUAUUGUCUUGCUCUAGCUAUGGUCUGAGGGGAAUAUCGAUUAGCUAUCAUAAUACGCGAAUUUGUGUAUAACUAUAUUGUUCUUGCUUUAGAUGGGCUUGAAGAGAAUGUUUUAUCUCAUUUGGAUGCCAAAAGUCUCGUAGCAAGUGCUGCCGUCAGUAGAACCUGGAGGAACAAGAUCGCUAACUGUAUGUUAUGGAGAAAGCUGAUCGAACGUCGUGUCAGAACAGAUUCAGUUUGGAGGGGAUUGAGUGAUAAGAGAGGAUGGUGAGUGUUUUAUUUUCAGUUGUAUUAUUACAUAUAGGCACAGUGGGUGUCGUUAUUGUAAAGUAUGUUAUUAUGUUCGACUUUAACUUUUUUUAAGGUACUUUUAAAUGUUUUAUCUUCUAGUUUUGACUAAUUUCAGGAGAAAAUACUUGUUCAUACCCAAAGAACAGGCAGCAAUCCAAAUAGCCAUGAGCCAAGGGUGGAAUCGUCCAGAAGCCGAAGAGUUUGUUCAGACACAACUAGACAUGCUCAAUUACUUACACGACUUUUACUGGCAUUUAUACCGCAACAUCAACAAGGAUAUCGCUCAGAUCGAAGAGAACUGGAGGACGGGCAAACACAAGCUUCAACGAAUCAAUUGUGAAUCAGAAAACAACAGGGGUAGGUCUUAUAUUGUAGUGUAUUGUUUUAGGUAACGCUUCUGCAACUUAUUGACAAAAUCAAAUGUUAUUUUUUACUAUUUUAUAUGGGGAUAUUGACUAUAGCCUCUGUUUGGUGGUUUUUGAAGAUUUAUUAAUGCAUGUUUUAGGUGUUUACUGCUUGCAAUACGAUGACGAGAAGAUUAUUUCGGGUCUACGAGACAACACCAUCAAAGUAUGGAGAAGAUCAGAUCUUCAAUGCGUUCAGACGUUAGUUGGUCAUACCGGUUCGGUGCUGUGUCUUCAGUAUGAUGAAAGGAUAAUCGCUAGUGGAAGCAGCGAUUCUACUGUUAGGUACGGUUAUCUGACCAAUUUUAUAAGAUGUUCUAUUAGUUUAUAUUAGAUUGAUUAUAAUAUGGAAACUACAGGUGUAAAUGAAGCUUUGAAUGAACUUGAUAAUUUUAGGAUAUGGGACGUUAACACUGGCCAGUCUCUGAAUACCUUGAUCCACCACUGCGAAGCCGUGCUUCAUCUUCGCUUCCAAAACGGAAUGUUGGUCACUUGUUCUAAAGAUCGGUCGAUUGCCGUCUGGAACAUGAACUCUCCAACUGAAAUCGACCUUCGUCGUGUUUUGGUUGGACAUCGAGCUGCCGUGAACGUGGUGGACUUCGAUCAGACGUACAUCGUGUCAGCCAGCGGAGACAGAACGAUCAAGGUAUGGAGCGCUGACACUUGCGAGUUUGUCAGGACUUUGAGUGGCCACAGACGGGGAAUCGCUUGUCUGCAGUACAGAGAUCGACUGGUCGUUAGUGGAUCCAGCGACAAUUCCAUCAGGUAUGUAAUUGUAUUUAGUUUAUUGGCUUUGAGUCUUUUCUAUGCUGUAAUAGUAAUACUAUUUAUCUAUUUUGAUUAAGAAAUGACGUAAAAAUGUUGUUGUAGAUUGUGGGACAUUGACGGGGGAAACUGCUUGAGGGUAUUGGAAGGUCAUGAAGAACUGGUGCGAUGUAUUCGGUUUGAUUCGAGGAGAAUUGUGUCGGGAGCGUAUGAUGGGAAGUUGAAAGUCUGGGAUUUGACUGCAGCCUUGGACCUGCGAUAUCAAAGUAGUGCUAUUUGUCUGAACACAUUAUCAGUAAGUUAAAUGAACUACAUAUAGCUAAAUUAAUGGUUUUCGCACAUUGGAAUCCAGCAGAACCUAAUUAUACCUCAACUUUCAGGAACAUACGGGUCGAGUGUUCAGACUCCAGUUUGACGACUUCCAGAUCGUGAGCUCAUCUCACGACGACACCAUUCUCAUUUGGGACUUCUUGAACGUUGGUAACGGUCUCCGAUGCAACGCUCCGUUCCGCACUGUGAACGGACCAUUCCAGAACGCUGCGGAUGCGGCACAGCGCGUGGCUGUCCCUGACACUGAUACUAGUCGACCGGUCGAAGGCGGAGACCGUCCUCCUCUCAACAUGGUCAACGAUCAGAUGGAUGUCGACGAGGACGAUGACGAAGAUCGCCCUGGGCAACCAUCCGAUUCAGAAUCCGACGACGACGAGCUCCACGCCGUUCCUCCAGAAUAA